AUGUUCGAAGAAGGAAACUCAAGCUCACAUACGGAAACAACAAACUCUAACACUCCUUUUACCAGACUCCUACGGAUUGUGGUUGCCUUUCUGCUAGCUUUCUGGUCGACUUUUCCGAUCCAGGUGGAGGAUGAAUCUCACUCUGACUUGGAAGAAAUUUUGACUGAUCAGAACAGGAUCAAUUCCCAGAAGAAACUCGAUCCUUGUGAAUCGAGAUGUUUACGUUUAAAGUUCUCACACGAGGUUGCUCCAAUGGUAUUUACUGGAGAGUGUAUUUUUCCCAAUGGAACCAAAUUGGAAUUGGUUGAUGCUGUUACAGGACAACAAGUGAGACAUGGGCCUCUAGCCUCAUCAGCACAAGUAGAAAUAUUUGUACUUGAUGACGAAAAUUGGAUAAUUGAAGAACUAAACAAUCAUAUUAUGAUGCAAACAAGAGGUGGAACAUCAAGGCGCGACCAAAAUCCAUAUCUGAGUUUGGAAGGAGGCGUUGUUUCUGUCAAUGAAAUUAAAUUCAAACAUACUCCAAAGCAUAUGAAGAAGUUGAACGUGGUAAAGCUAGGAGCAAGGGUUGUCGAUCAACCUGAAGUGAUAGAGGCAGUGACAGGACCCUUUACUGUCAAGGAUAAACGUUCAAAAAGCAAGAAGCGGUACCCUCCAUCACCAACGGAUGAUGUAUGGAGACUAGAGCAUAUUUACAAAAAAGGUGCUUUCCAUAACCGGUUGACUGAAAACGGUAUAAAAACAGUGGAGGAUUUUCUAAUUGAACUCCAAAACAAUCCUGAAAGGCUACGCCAUAUCCUUGGCAAAAGCAUGUCUGAAAAUAAUUGGAAAAAAGUUACAACGCAUGCUAAGACUUGCAAUGUUGUGGGCCUGGUGAAUUUGGUCACGGUUGACGAAUGCCAGUCUUUAGAGUUUCAAAAUCCUUCAGGAACAACUGAAACUAACCGGUGGAUAGACGACAGUGCUGAAUGUUCUACUUCUUAUGCAAUUGCUGACCAGUCAGAUGAGAUGUCUGUUGCUAUCACUUCUCCUGGACAUUCAGGUUUAGGUACUUGGGAGUAUCUGGAAUCCCUCAAUUGUAUCACAUCUGCGAUUUCACAAUCAGAAGAUUUGGAGAAAAUAAUACAAUUAAUUAAUUCUAAUGCAAUUCAUUAUGAUGAUAUCUCAUAUAGAGAGCUUGGCCAAACCAACAACUUUGCUGCUGAAACAGAUGCCACACAGUUUCAUGGAUUGCAACAUGGUGAGAGAAUGGAUCUUUCGCAAAACCAAUUCAUGGUUUCAGAAAAUGUGCACACUUUCAUUACUGAAGAUGGCACAAAUACUAAUCAACAACACCAAAUGAACAACGUUUUGAUGGUUCCAGAGGCCUCAGACAAGUACAAGAAGAGUUGGAUCAAGAUAUGUAGCAUACUGAAAUGGUACUUAUCACUGAAGAGGUUUGUUAAACUUAAAAAGCUCCGCAUGACCAAGAAGCGCAAAUUAAUUUCCAAAUAAGCCACAGCCAAAACAAGAACCACUGGCUCUGUCCCAUUUAGCUAUGG